AUGGCGAGCAGGAAAACCUUCCUCCUAUUUCUUAGCCUUCUUUUGCUUCCUUUAAUUCUCGAAUGUUUCUUACUUGAAGCCCUUGUGAUCAAUUCUUCUGAUGGUGAUAUUAACACGCGUGCGGUUUGCACUGAGAUGGAGCGGAAAGCUCUUCUUAAAUUUACAGGUGGUCUGGAGGAUCCUUCAGGUAGGCUUUCUUCUUGGGUUGGUGGAGAUUGUUGUAAAUGGCAAGGCGUGGAUUGCAGUAAUGGGACAGGACAUGUUAUAAAGCUAGACCUCAGAAACCCUUAUCAAUCCAAUUCAACACUUGAUUAUGAAGCAGAUGAAGCAGCUUUUCACUUGUCAAGUUUAGUUGGCCAGAUAAGUCAUUCCUUACUUGACCUGAAAUAUUUGAAUUACCUGGACUUGAGUUCCAAUGAUUUCCAAGGAAAUCCAAUUCCAAAUUUCUUUGGCUCAUUUGAGAGGUUGAGUUAUCUCAAUCUGUCUCAAGCAGCAUUUAGUGGAAUGAUUCCCCCUCAUCUCGGGAAUUUGUCAAACUUGCGUCAGCUUGAUAUCUCUGCAUCCCCAUUUGAUGAAAGUAGUUGGGUUUCUGAUUUAAAUUGGCUUUCUGGUCUCUCUUCCUUAAAAUAUCUUAAUUUGGGGCUUGUGAACCUUAACAAGGCACAGACUAAUUGGCUGGAAGCUGUUAACAUGUUUCCAUCUCUGUUAGAACUGCAUUUGCCUGGUUGUGAACUCAAUAACUUUCCUCAAUCUCUUUCAUUUGUUAAUUUUACUUCUCUUUCGGUCCUCAACCUUGAUGACAACAAUUUCGAGGCUUCCAUUCCUGGCUGUCUUUUUAAUGCCAGUACCCUUGUGGAACUGAGGCUCGGAAGUGCUCAAAUUAAAGGCCCAAUUCCUUAUGAUGCUUGGGGAAAUCUCUGCAGCUUGGAAGUUUUGGAUCUUUCAGGAAAUGAUAUUAGUGAUGCGGGAAUUGAAUUUGUAGACAGUUUAUCUACAUGCAGUAACAGUAGCUUGAAGGAAUUGUUUUUGGGGCAAAAUCAAUUCAAUGGCCAUUUUCCUGAUUCCUUUGGAUAUCUUAAGAAUUUAAGAUUGAUAGAUGUGUUUGAUAAUCGAUUAAGUGGCCAGAUUCCCAAUUCAUUAGGACAUCUUAAAAAUAUAAGAUCGAUAAAUUUGUCGAAAAAUGAAUUGAGUGGACCGAUUCCUGAUUCAAUAGGAAACCUUGGCAACUUAAGAUCUCUUCUUCUUAGUGACAAUGCAAUCUCGGGUUCAAUUCCACCAUCCAUUGGAAAGCUGUUGUUCUUGGAGGAAUUGGACCUCUCUCACAACGGAAUGAAUGGGACCAUCCCAGAAAGUAUAGGACAACUUAAAGAGCUCCUUGCCUUAACACUUGAUUGGAAUUCUUGGAAAGGGACGGUAUCUGAAAUUCACUUCAUGGGUCUUAUGAAACUGGAAUAUUUCUCCUCGUACUUAUCACCUGCUACAAACAACUCUCUGGUUUUCGAUAUUACAAGUGACUGGAUUCCUCCUUUCAGUCUCAAGCUUAUCAGAAUCGGCAACUGCAUACUGUCUCAAACAUUCCCUGCCUGGCUCGGAACUCAGAAGGAACUUUCCCAUAUAAUCCUCCGUAAUGUCGGGACCGAGAUUUUUGGCUCUGGUGCCAAAGCGACCCAUAGUGGCCUCCCCAGGAUUCGAACUCAAGACUAA